AUGGACCUAACGAAUAUUUUAAAGUGGGCGGUACACUCGCGUAGAGUCGUCUCGUCUUCGCGUGCGAUCGGGUGCGACAGGGGCACGGGUGCUCGCGAUAGCGAAUCGUACACUCGCGCGGAGCCGCAAACACGGCUUGAUGCUUCACGGUGCGGGCGGGUUGCACGCGAGUGUACGCAACCGGCGCACGCGAUUGUACGCGCUCAGUGGCGCGGCGGCGACUGGUGGGGCGGCGUGAAGAACUGUCAUUGGGGGGUGUCCCGCGCGGCGCUCCAGCGGUCGAACUCGAUGCCGGAGUCGGGCGAGACGCCCGAGGGGGGCGCGCAGCCGCAGCCCUGCGCCCCCUCGCCCCCCGCCACGCCCCCCGCCGACGCCUCACGCACGCCCAGCUCCUGCAGCACCUGCACGCACACACGCAUACAU